GUUGAUGUUUUCGUUUGAUAAUGGAGCAAAUUAUUUUUUAGCUGCUAUUAAAAUUUUUAAUUACUCGUUUUUAUACUUUAUUAUUAUUAAUUAAAGUGGCAGAUGAAUUUAUAAACAUGUGCAGAUUUUUACAAGCAAUUAUUACUCAUAAAUAAAUAAAUAAUUGUAAAUACAUGGGUAUUAGAAUAAAUAGCUGUUGGGUUAAUUAAUUAAGUGAUAAUAAAUAAUAUGGAUAACACUAUGACUGCUGAAUGUUUGACACUAGAUUUUGGACCUUUUGAAACUGUUCAUCGUUGGCAACGUAUGCCUGAAUGUGAUGAAUUUGUUGGAGCAAGACGCAGUAAACAUACAGUAGCUGCGUACAAAGAUGCAAUUUACGUAUUUGGUGGUGACAAUGGCAAAAGAAUGUUAAAUGAUUUAUUACGUUUUGAUGUGAAGGAAAAAUCUUGGGGACGUGCUGUCGUAACUGGAAAUCCUCCAGCACCCAGAUAUCAUCACUCGGCAGUAGUCCAUGACUCAUCAAUGUUCGUAUUCGGUGGUUACACUGGUGACAUUCACUCAAAUUCAAACUUAACAAAUAAAAAUGAUUUGUUUGAAUACAAAUUUCAAACCGGCCAAUGGACUGAGUGGAAAUUCAUUGGUAAAACUCCAGUAGCAAGAUCCGCACACGGUGCUGCUGUUUAUGACAACAAAUUAUGGAUAUUUGCUGGCUACGAUGGAAAUGCGCGUUUAAAUGAUAUGUGGACAAUAUCACUACUACCCGGUGAAUUAAGAACUUGGGAACAAGUUGUACAGUCUGGUGAUUGUCCACCAACAUGCUGUAAUUUUCCAGUUGCAGUUGCACGCGAAUCGAUGUUUGUAUUCAGUGGUCAAAGUGGUGCUAAAAUAACAAAUAGUCUAUUUAAAUUUCACUUUAGAGAAAAAAAAUGGACGCGUAUAUCUACAGAACAUAUAUUACGUGGUACACCACCACCACCAGCAAGACGCUACGGUCAUACAAUGGUCAGUUUUGACCGUCACUUGUAUGUAUUUGGUGGUGCUGCUGAUCAAACACUUCCAAAUGAUCUUCAUUGUUAUGAUUUAGAUACACAAGCUUGGAGUAUUGUCAUUCCAUCAAGUGACAGUGAAAUACCAUCUGGCAGAUUAUUUCAUGCUGCUGCUGUUAUUGGUGAAGCCAUGUUCAUAUUUGGUGGUACUGUUGACAAUAAUGUACGUUCUGGUGAAACUUAUCGCUUCCAAUUUUCAUCUUAUCCAAAAUGUACUUUACACGAUGACUUUGGUAGACUAUUAAGCUUAAGACAAUUUUGUGACGUUGAAUUUAUUGUCGGUAAAGACAAUAUGGAAAAAAAAAUACCAGCUCACAUUGCUAUGGUAGCGGCACGUUCACAAUUUUUGAGCGCGAAAAUUCGAGAGGCAAGAAAAAAAACUGUAGCUGCAGCAAAAACUACGGAAGUAAAAGAUAAAGAUGAUAAAAAUACUGCAGCAAAAGAAUCAUCAACAUCAUCAUCGUCGUCAUCAGUAGUAUCAUUAUUGGAAGUUAAACUCGAAGACGCAGUACCCGAGGCUUUUGAAAUGGUUUUAAAUUAUAUUUAUACAGAUCAUAUUGAUCCAACAAAAAGUAUAAGAGAUCAGCAACAACAGUCUGAACAGCAACAACAACAAACAAGUAAUAGAAUUGUUUUACUUAUGAUGGACGUAUACCGACUUGCAUUUCAAUUUAAUAUGAAGCGGUUGGAGCAGCUGUGUGUUCAUUAUCUUGAAGCGACAAUUAAUCAUACAAAUGUUUUAGAGGCAUUGCACAAUGCGGCUCAUCUUAAAUUAUAUUUUAUAAAAGAAUUUUGUUUGAGUUUUGUUGUCAAAGACAGUAAUUACAAUCAAAUUGUCAUGAGCCACGAGUUUGAGACACUAGACCAGCCGUUGAUGGUAGAAAUUAUACGACGCAGGCAGGUACCACAAACAACACGAGUGUAUUCGAAACAGUAUGAACUGGGCACUGGUACGACACUCGAACAGGAUAUGGAAAAAUUUUUGAAAGACAGUGGUAAAGAAUUUUGUGAUAUCACUUUAAUGCUGCGUGGAGAUCCUUAUCCAGCUCAUAAAGCCAUUUUAGCAGCACGUUGCAGUUAUUUUGAAGGAAUGUUUCGUUCCUUUAUGCCUAAAAAUAAUACUGUUAAUAUACAAAUCGGUGAAAUGAUACCUUCAACAGAAUCCUUUGUAUCCUUAAUGAGAUAUAUUUAUUACGCUGAUGUUUCAAUGCCUCCAGAAGACUCACUCUAUCUUUUUACUGCUCCAGUAUUUUAUGGAUUUACGAACAAUCGAUUGCAAGCAUUUUGCAAACAAAACUUAGAAAUGAAUGUCACUGUUGACAAUGUUAUACCUAUUUUGGAAGCUGCAGAUAGAAUGCAAGCUAGUGAUAUGAAAAAAUACGCGCUUAAUAUUAUAGUUCAUAAUUUUAGUAAGGUCGCACGAUUGCCGAGAGUUCGACAAAUAAGCCGUGAAUUACUUCUUGAUAUUUUCGAUGCUCUAGCAGAUGAAGGAACUGAAUCUUCUUGUCAAGAUAUGACUAGUGAUUGUUGACAGGCUGUGAUAAUUAUUAAGUUACGCAUAAAUGAUGAAAAAUGUACGAUAUUUCUUCCAUAACCACCAGUAAAUGAGGGUGUACGUUGAGUUGAUUCCAGCCUUCUACGUCUUUCUUCAAUCGCCUCGGUAUCAAAACUUACGGUCGAUUG